CAAAGAUGAACGUCGUGUUGAUUUCUUUGCUGUUUGGUGCCGUAUUGUACACAGAAGGUAUGAUAAAUAUCAUAGAAACCAAACAGACAAAUGGAACUUUUUGGCUGGCUGGCAGACACCAAUGUGCCAGACUCGGAGGAGCUCUUGUCUCCUUUAACUCUCAAAAGGAGUUAUGGUGGGUCAAAGGUUACGUCAAAGAGCUAUGUAAUAAAAGAAAUUACUGGUUCAGUGGAAAUGACGUCAGACAUGAAGGGAUAUGGUCGUGGAACCCUAACACUGGAGAAAUAAACCGAGACUGUAGAGACUGGGCACAUGGCGAGCCAAACAGCUGGAGAGGACUCGAACAGGACUGCGCUCUAAUGUGGGCUAGCAGGGGCUACAGUUGGGACGACGAACAGUGUCAUCUACCUAAGGAGUACAUCUGUGAACGACACAUGUUUUCAGAGACAGUAUGCUCCUGUCGGAUCUAA